AUGGAAAAACAGUGCCCCGUAUGUUAUUUUAAUCUGCCGGAUCCAGAAUCCGCAAUAGCGCCAUAUGACACUGAAUUAAACUAUUUCAUGUGGGGACCAGGGUUCGAAUGGCAACCAGAACCAGAAGUAAAGCAAAUAUUAUCUGAAGAAGAAAAUUUUGAAGAGUCCGAGCAAUCCGAUGAAUCAGUUGCAGGAUUAGAAGAGUUAGAUGAAAAGGUAGAUCGAAAAGAAGCAAAAACUAUGUUUAAUGAUAAAAGUAGCAAUGGGAAAAUAACUGUAGAAGAUGCAUCACGAAAUGCAAGAAAAUUGGGACUAGCUCCAUCAAGCACAGAUGAAAAGAAAAUUAAAGAAUUAUAUGGGGAUAAUUUAACAUAUGAACAAUAUCUAGAGUAUUUAACUAUAUGUAUACAUGAUAGGGAUAAUAUGGAAGAACUCGUUAAAAUUUUUGCACACUUUGACAAUAAUUCUACAGGAUUCUUAACCAAAGGACAAAUGAGGAAUAUUUUGACAACAUGGGGUGAUGCACUAACAGAACAGGAGGCGAAUGAUGCACUUAACGCUUUUUCAUCGGAAGAUCGAAUUGAUUAUAAGUUGUUUUGCGAAGACAUUUUGCAUUAG